AUGGCCACCGACUUUAGAGCCCAACACUACACGGAUGACUUCAUCCCAGGGACAAUAAACAUCUUGUCCAACGAUGGAAACACGCAGGUGGGGUUGCGGCGGUUGAAAACUGUCAAGCACGGUAAGCAGGAGAUCAUACUUUCUCCACAGCCGUCAGAAUCACCCAACGACCCGUUGAACUGGUCCACUACGCGCAAAAUAGGCCAUUUCGUAUUGGUCAGUUACAUUACCGGGUUGACCGCUGCCAUCGCCAACGACGCGCUGGCGGCCCAGACCUCCCUCAACGAGGUGUACGGAAUCUCGUACGCCGCCAUGAACACCGGGGCCGGGGUGCUCUUCCUUGGGAUUGGCUAUGCCACACUUGUGUUUGCUCCACUUUCCUCUCUCUACGGCCGCAGAAUCACCUACUUGAUCUGCAUCCUCUCCGGGCUUUUGGGUAACGUCUGGUUUGCCACCUCCACUAAGACCGCAGACACGAUCUGGUCGCAGUUGUUCGUGGGAGUCUCUGAAGCAUGUGCCGAGGCGCAGGUGCAGUUGCUGUUGUCGGAUAUUUUCUUCCAGCACCAGUUGGGGUCAGUGUUGACGGUAUAUAUCUUGGCCACUUCGAUCGGGACCUUCUUGGGGCCAUUGUUCGCCCACUUGAUCAGUAGCUCCCAGGGCUUCAGGUGGGUCGGCUGGUGGGCCGUUAUCAUAUGUGGUGGCUCAUUGAUUGUGCUCAUCUUUGGCUUGGAGGAAACCUACUUCGACCGCAAGUUGUACACGCUCGCGGGAGAAAGUGACUACCCACAAGUGGAUGUGCAAGUAGACGACACCAAAGGACUGGAAGACGAGCCCGAUGUUUCUGAUAUGGAAAGGUGUACCAUAACCAACGGUGACGGCUCCUCUGAACCCUUACUUCCGUACCGGAAACGCAUCCGGUUGAUCACUAAGGCUACUAAUUUAAAGGGGUACGGGUUUAAACAGUACUGGCGUUAUUUUGUUAUGAAUCUCAAAAUCUUCACCUUUCCAGCGGUCUGGCUUUCGGGUUUGCUCUGGGGGACCCAGGACUUGCUCUUAUCCUUUUAUCUCACAACCCAGGACUCUAAAUUUUACGACGAGCCGUGGAACUUGAGCGAGACCGGGGUGGCCCUCAUGAACAUCCCGACCCUUAUAGGUGCGUGUAUCGGGUGCUUAUAUGCCGGUGUGCUCUCUGACUACCACACAUUGUGGCUUGCCAAGCGCAACAACGGUGUGCAGGAAGCGGAGUUCCGCUUGUGGUUGUCCUUCCUCACGUUGGUCGUUUCCCCCACGGGGUUGUUGCUCUUCGGGAUCUGCACCGGUAGAGAGUUUCCCUGGCCCGCUAUUUACGUCGGGUUGGGUUUCAUCGGGUUUGGUUGGGGUGCCAGUGGUGACUUGGCCAUGUCCUAUUUGAUGGACGCGUAUCCAGAAUUAGUCUUGGAGGGCAUGGUGGGAGUGGCUAUCAUUAACAACACCACGGCAUGCAUUUUUACGUUUGUUUGCUCAUUGUGGUUGGAUAGUGCCGGCACAGAAAAAAGUUACAUUGCCUUGGCAGUGGUUAACUUUGCCGUCAUCUGUUUAAUCAUUCCGUUUUUGAAGUGGGGGAAGACGUGGCGAAUCAAAACCAAGGAUGCGUACUUGCGGUAUGUCGAAUUAAGGGAGGGUAUCUAA